AUGGCCGCCGUUGACGGCGAAACCGGUAGUCGGCUCCGGGCGGCUCUUUCCCGCGGUGGGUUUGCGAUGCCCACGGGGAAAGUCAGGCGGCGGCCAUCGCGGCCGAGAGCCCCCCCCGCGGUGGUCUCGAAAUGCCCGCACAACGACGCGGAUGCGAAGCCGCCACCGGCCCAGAUACGGCGCUUUUCCGCCGACGAAACGGCGCGUGCGGAGGCGGCGAUGGCGGGCGGCGAAUCCGGGACGGAACAACGGCCAUCACGUCAAAGAACCGAGGCCUCCGUUGUGGCCCCCCUCAGCUUGGAGGUAUUGGAUUUAUUACAACGCGAGGUGUUUGAGAACCCCAGACGAUUCGUGCUUUCGCCGGUGUACCGCUUUAUUGAACUGUUAGGUGGUGUUGAAGUCGACAACCACCCGGUAGUGUGUAGUCUGCCUUCCCCAAGGGCAUUUCGCGAGCCACCCCCAAGUGGCUUUACUUCCAAUUAUCGCGUCUUACUAGUGCCUCUGACCGGGGAUAACUACCUUCACAGUAGCGGUUGGAUGGUUCCUGUGGCAAUAGAAGGGGAGACCCUCGCGAUGCGUCUUAGGGUCAACGGUGUGCUCACACCAACCCCCUCGAAUUGGAACCUUGCGCCUGGAAAGGAGGCAAACGCUAUCAGGACUUCUCCAGUAGCCGACAUUACACAUUUAGUGAUCUCUCAGGAGGAGGACCUUUUUGUUCUUGAGAUCGACUUCACAUCGAUUCCAGACGACACGUUUCUGUGGUCCGGCAUCGUCGCUUGCAUAUUUGUAGAGGAGAUCCCAUUGGCUACAAUAUGUGAGCGCGUAGUGCGAAAUUAUACGGGGGAUGCUAAUGGAGGUGUGGGCACUGCGCUUCUUCGUAAUGGGCCGGAUGCCCGUGAUGCGGUGCGGGUCACCAAGGUAAGCGUGAAGGUAACGUGCCCCCUGACAGCCCUCCCUAUGGAAAUACCAGCCCGCACGCUCACGUGUGCGCACAUGCAAUGCAUGGAGCUCUAUACCAUCCUGCUGCGCUUCACACAAAGUAAUCUUUGGAACUGCCCUUUAUGUGGUGCGCCGUCAAGGCUUCACGAGAUACGUGUAAAUUAUAGGUUGAAGGAAUGGCUGGAUAUCCACCGCAACAAAAUAGAUCACGUUGACUACAUUAUAGAAACUCCCCUGGGUAAACCGUUGAGAGUGCAAUGGUGUGAAGCUGAAAUUAGAGAUACAUAUUUUAUUGAAGACUAA